AGAUUGAGUUGUUUUGUCGACUCAGUAUUCCUGCUCAGGCUAUAGAACAGAACGGAUCUGAAAGUAUUUCAUAUUUAUUUGUUAUAGCUUAGAAAUCGAGCUGGCUUUGUUUCGCUCCUUUUGCAACCAAGCCAAAAUGUCGCUACCGCGAGUUUUCUUCGACAUUAAUGCCGGCGGGGAGAAGCUUGGUCGCAUCGUCAUGGAGCUACGCUCGGAUGUAGUUCCAAAAACAGCUGAAAACUUUCGAGCUUUGUGCACCGGGGAGAAGGGCUACGGGUAUAAGGGCUCUCCGUUUCAUCGUGUUAUACCAAAUUUUAUGUGUCAAGGUGGAGACUUUACCAAUCAGAAUGGCACUGGAGGACGCUCCAUCUAUGGCCACAAGUUCCCUGAUGAAAACUUUGAGCUGAAACACUCUGGUCCAGGCACCUUGUCAAUGGCCAAUGCAGGACCCAACACAAAUGGCUCCCAGUUCUUCAUUUGUACCGAGAAAACCACCUGGCUGGACAACAAACAUGUUGUCUUCGGUAAAGUUGUCGAGGGCAUGGACGUCAUUCGUAAGGUUGAGUCGAUGGGCUCCAAUUCUGGCUCCACAACAAAGAAAGUGGUAAUUGAGGACUGUGGCAGUUUGUAGAGUGUAACCAGAGUGUUCAGUGUUGUUUUAGUCUGCAAUUCACUUGUUAUUCGAUCAUGGAUAUAAAUAAACAAAAUAUUGGGGCGUUGCAAGUAAAAAUUAAGCGCAUCUUGCGCAGAUUUUUUGAAAGUGUUGAAUGCCUGCAAAAUUAUGUAAGCCU